GCAGCCGUCUCACAGCAAGAAGCAGCUGUUUUUCUUGUUCUCUUUUUCUUGUCACUCUUAGGUCACGUGGGAGAUAUGGAGAACGUGUCCAAGGUGGAGCCCUCCAACGGGGACACCCGGCCUCUGGACGUUUUGCCCAGUACAGAGGAGAAAAUCACAGACAGGGAUCAGUGGGGCAACAAGCUUGAAUUUAUAUUGUCAAUGGCUGGAAAUAUUAUUGGCCUGGGAAACGUCUGGCGUUUCCCUUACCUCUGUUAUAAGAACGGAGGAGGGGCCUUUUUUAUUCCAUACCUCAUCUUCUUGUUUACUUGUGGGAUCCCCCUCUUCUUUCUGGAGACUGCUUUGGGUCAGUACACCAGCGAGGGAAGUAUCACCUGCUGGAGGAAAGUCUGUCCGUUGUUUGAAGGAUUGGGUUAUGCCACCCAAGUGAUUAUUGGUCUGUUGAACAUUUACUACAUCGUGGUGUUAGCGUGGGCUCUCUUCUAUCUGUCCAAUUCCUUCACCAUGGAUCUGCCCUGGGCAUCCUGCAACAACACGUGGAACACAAAUUCCUGUAUGGAAUUUCAGAGGGGAAAUAGCUCCAUCAAUCACCAUGAGAACGUCACCUCUUCUGUUAUUGAGUUCUGGGAGCGCAAAGUGCUGAGAAUUUCUUCAGGUAUCCACCAGAUUGGCUCUCUGAACUGGGAUCUUGUUAUUUGUGUGGCAAUUGCAUGGGUCCUCUGCUACUUCUGCAUCUGGAAAGGAGUCAAAUCCACUGGAAAGGUGGUUUACUUCACAGCAACCUUCCCGUAUGUGAUGAUGGUUGUCCUGCUGAUCAGAGCGAUCACCCUGCCAGGAGCCUCCGGGGGAAUCCGCUUCUACCUUUACCCAGAUGUGGGAAGGCUGUCUGACCCACAAGUAUGGGUGGAAGCUGGAUCUCAGAUCUUCUUCUCUUAUGCCAUCUGUUUGGGUAGCCUCACCGCUCUUGGAAGCUACAACAAAUACAACAACAACUGCUACAGGGAUUGUUUGUGGCUGUGUUUUCUGAACAGUGCCACCAGUGUUAUUGCAGGCUUCGCCAUCUUUUCCAUCCUGGGUUUCAUGUCCUACGAGCAAAACGUGCCCAUAUCAGAGGUGGCUCAAUCCGGUCCUGGUUUGGCCUUCAUAGCAUAUCCUUGUGCAGUUUCCAUGAUGCCUUUUUCCCCUUUAUGGGCCUGCUGCUUCUUCAUCAUGAUUAUCUUUCUGGGACUAGCCAGUCAGUUUGUGGGCAUGGAGAGCAUGGUGACCGCCAUGGUGGACUUGAAUCCUUCUGUCUUCCGCCGUAAAAACGGCAGGGAGCUUUUCCUCCUGGCAUUGACUGUGGUGUCCUUCCUCAUCGGGCUCAUCCUGCUGACGGAGGGAGGCAUGUACGUUUUCCAGCUCUUCGACUUCUAUGCAUGCAGUGGGAUGUGUUUGAUUUUUGUGGCCUUUUUUGAAUCGAUUGGCAUCGCUUGGGUUUAUGGGGCUGAUCGUUUCUAUGACAACAUCGAGGAUAUGAUUGGCUAUCGUCCCAGGUCUCUCCUGAAGUACUGCUGGCUGUUCUUCACCCCUGCAACAUGCUUUGGAACCUUUGUCUUUGCAUUGAUCAAGUACUCACCGCUGAAGUACAACAAGGUGUAUGUGUACCCAUGGUGGGGGGAUGGCAUUGGCUGGGUUCUGGCUCUGUCCUCCAUGCUCUGUAUCCCUCUGCUGAUGGUCGUGAAACUCUGCAGCACCCCAGGAACACUGAGAGAACGCCUUACUAUCUUAACCACUCCUUCCACUGACCUGCCUAAGAUGAAACGAGAACAAGAGACACUGCUGGCCAUCUUUGCAGCCGACGGGGACCACCUUCAACAGAAAUCUCCUCCCACUAAGGAUGGCUACUUCCCUGUUGAGGAAAAGGAAUCUCAUUGCUAAAGACUUGAGGGUUGGAGUCUUGUUAGGGUCUCAAAGUUCACUCUUCAGCUUUGACCAAUUAUCUGUUAUACCUCACCUGAUAAGGGAGUGAAACUGCUCCAGAUGAUGACACUCCAGAGCCUACUCACCUGCCUACUUGUUGCUGGAACCUUUGAAAGGUGCCUUCAACAAGACUUUUGAAACAACCUCGUUUACAUGUCAUAUAGCACUGGCAGUGAUAUGUAUAUCUGAAAAUGUGACCGCUGUAGGUGAUCAUUGGCAAAUCAUUUACAUUUGCUCGUGUUUGCUUUCUAAGUAAGCAUUUUCAUCGAAUGUGGAAAUUUCUAAUGUUCCUUUAGUCUGAGAUGACAUUUUGGUUACUUUGUUGAUUAUCUGUAUAUGCCUAUACAAUAUUUUGAGUUGUAUAAUGGUAAUGGCUCUGUUUUUACUGUACUGCGAAGAGUUGCUGU